GGUGUGGUUUCUUGUCCACAAUCAAAGCUGAUGAACGAAUAUUUCUCUGUUUCUUGGCUGUCAUCCUCACAGGGAUCAUUAAUUACUUUCUCUCUUUCCUUCCUUCAACCCCCAUCCAGUUUCCACGAUCCUUUCCAUUUUCUUUUUCUUAUUCUUCUUUUUUCCACAUAUAAAUACAACUAGUAUUCACCAAACAUCACAUAUUCACAUUCUCUUUCAACAAUGGCUACCAACAACAACAACAACAACAGAUCAAAUGUCUUCGAAGACUUGUUACCAAUGAUGGCCACCAAGCUAGGUGGUGAAGGUCUAAUAAAAGAGCUAUGCAACGGGUUCGACUUGUUGAUGGACAAAGAAAAAGGCGUGAUCACGUUAGAUAGCUUGAGGAAAAACGCUGCUGUUUUGGGUCUUCAGGAUUUGAAAGAAGAUGAGCUUGUUAGCAUGAUGAAGGAAGGUGAUUUGGAUAGAGAUGGAGCACUGACACAGAUGGAGUUUUGUGUUUUGAUGUUUAGGUUGAGCCCUGAAUUGAUGGAAGAGUCUUGGUUUUGGCUUGAGGAAGCACUGCGACAUGAACUUGACAACAAUAAUAGUUCUUUUUUCUAGUUUUUAGUAACAAACAAUAAUUGAUGAUGUUUUUUCUUCUUACUUUGUGUUGUUGCAAUUCAUCGUGUUGAAUAUAUUGGAAUUGAUUGCAAUUUUUUGGAAA